AACACAGCACGUGAUGUCUUCGCACGCAAAGGAAAGAGGGAAAGAGGGAGAUCAAGAGAUGGAGAGAGAGAGAAAUAGCAAGCGAGAGAGAGAAAGAGAGAGAGAGAGAGGGAGAGAGAGAGAGAGAGAGAGAGAGAGAGAGAGAGAGAGAGAGAGAGAGAGAGAGAGAGAGAGAGAGGAGAGAGAGAGAGAGAGAGAGAGAGAGAGAGAGGAGAGAGAGAGAGAGAAAGAGGGAGAGAGUGAGAGAGAGAGGGGAGAGAGAGAGAGAGAAAGAGGAGGAGAGAGAGAGAGAGAGAGAGAGAGAGAGAGAGAGAGAGAGAGAGAGAGAGAGAGAGGGAAAGAGAUAGAGAGAGAGAGAGAGAGAGAGAGAGAGAGAGAGAGAGAGAGAGAGAGAGAGAGAGAGAGAGAGAGAGCGACAGAGAAAGAGAAGGCGGAUAGAGAGACGACCCGAUCAUUGCGUUGCAUGUGACAUAUAAAAUAUAACCCCACCA